UAAAAAUAACCCCCACACCGCGACUCUGUCUUCUAACGCCGGAUCCUAAUCCGCCAUUAACGCCCUCCGCUCGAGAGCUCGGUUCCUAUCGCAGAGGCGCGAGUUCCCCGUUCUGUUAUAAACCCGCGCCGCGCCCUCCCGUCCUCUCCCCGGCUCCCCGCCCGUCCCCAGUCCCCCUCUCCGUCGCGGGAUCCGAGGGCCGCGCGCUUGCGUCAGCCGUCAGGUCCGUGAGAGGCGAUGCUCACGUGCAUCGCGUGCUCCAAGCACCUCCCGGGCGGCGCGCCGCCGCUGCGCGAGCCGCCGGAAGAGGAGGAGGAGGAGGACGACGACGACCACCACGCCAUCGCCGGAGGCGCCGGUGAAUCGGCGACGACGCCCGGCACGAGGCACGCCGUCAAGUCGCUCACCGCCCAGAUCAAGGACAUGGCGCUGAAGGCGUCGGGCGCGUACCGGCACUGCAAGCCGUGCGCCGGGUCGUCGUCCCCGGCGGCGUCGCGGCGGCAGCAACCGUACUACCACGGCGCGUACGCGGAGUCCAGGUCCGACCGCUUCCACUACGCGUACCAGUGCGCCGGCAGCUCCGCAGCAUCGACGCCGAGGCUGCGCACGGGGGGCGCGAUGUCCAGCGGUGACGUCACGCCGUCGGUCAGCGCGCGCACUGACUUCCUCGCCGGCGAUGAGGAUGAAGAGGAAACGGCGGCUGGCAGCAGCGAGGAGGAUGAGGCGAAGGAGUGGGUCGCCCAGGUGGAACCCGGGGUGCUCAUCACCUUCCUCUCGCUGCCACGGGGCGGCAAUGGUCUGAAGCGCAUCCGAUUCAGCCGUGAAAUGUUCAACAAAUGGCAAGCACAAAGAUGGUGGACUGAAAAUUACGAGAAGGUCAUGGAGCUUUACAACGUUCAGAAGUUUGACAGUCAAGCUGCUUCUCUGCCAAGCAUUCCAAGGUCUGAAAAUGAGAGCUCCAAAGACGAUAACUCAGCUACAGCUCCACUUAACAAGGGGCAACUACUAGAUACUUUGCACAGACCACUAAAAGUUAGUGGAGCCAUAGGAUAUUCAUCUUCAGAUUGUCUUCAGCACCAACCCAAUCAUCUUGGCAACAUUUACCGCCAAGACCGCUACCUUGGGCACCAAUGUUGUGAUUCAGUUGGACUGGCAUCAACGCCUAAGUUAUCAAGCAUUAGUGGAGCAAAGACAGAAACUUCUAUUGAUGCAUCAGUGAGGACAAGCUCAUCUCCUGAAGAGGUGGAUCGAUCAGGUGAACUUUCAGCCUCUGUUAGCAACGCAAGUGACCAAGAGAGGGAAUGGGUAGAAGAGGACGAGCCUGGUGUGUAUAUUACUAUUCGAGCUUUGCCUGGUGGCAUCAGAGAACUACGUCGCGUCAGAUUCAGCCGGGAGAGAUUCAAUGAGAUGCAUGCCAGGUUGUGGUGGGAAGAAAACCGAGCGAGGAUACAUGAUCAAUAUCUCUGAGAGAAGACGUGUCAACUACAUUUUACCAUUUGCUACUUCUACUUCUACCAUCAUAGAAACACCUCUGUACAUCGGGCACUAACAUCGUAUCAUCAGGUUUGGUCCUUGCAGGCGCAACAAUGACCCUGGGUAGCUAGGACUGUUUGCAUUUGCAUGUGUGACAGGACUGACAGUGGGCUUCGAGGCUUUUUCUUUUCUUUUCUUUUCUUUUCUUUUUUGUGUCUAACAUUUGCUCUGUUUGUGUGAUAUUCACAUAUUUUCCUUUUCCUGCGGUGUCGUUAGUCAAUCUGAGUAGACGGUUUAUGUGAGAAAAAAAAGGAGAAAUUGUACCUUUUUAUCAGCCAUAAGUUGCUGUUUUGGAAAACAAAACUGGACUGAUGGCUUCAUGAUAAUCACUGAAUUGACGCAUGAAAAAUUUUAAAA